CGCUCCCACACUGAGCAAGGGACCCUUGGUGUUGAGAAGGUGGGCGCUGAGCUCCGCCCCUCCCCCUCCCCAAUGGGGGUACUGGGGGGCCCCCGGGCCACAGACAUGAGUUACCUCGGCCAGGCACACGCCCAGCGCCAGCAGUGAACCAGGCUGCGCGGAGGAGUCCUCAGAGAGGUCCCGGCUGCCACCCAGGACCCCCCUCAGCACCCUCAGUGAUGCCUCUUCACCGUGUCUGGUUGGCCCAGUGUGGGUCCCUCCUAUGCAACCCAAGGGGGCUCGUCUGAGCCCCCGCCCCAUGUCUGAGCCGCCAUGGCGGGCGCUGCGGCAGUGAGCGGGAGGCGGCCACAGCGGGUGAGCAUGCAGGAGCACAUGGCCAUCGACGUGAACCCGGGACCCAUCCGGCCCAUCCGCCUCAUCUCGGACUACUUCCCGCACUUCUGCCCCUUCGCUGAGCCCGCCCUGCGCACCCCAGACCCGCACCCUGCGGUGGCCCCUGCCCUCCGCUCUGCACCCCAGCUGCAGCCCAACCCAGAGCCAGAGGGAGACUCGGACGACAGCACUGCCCUGGGCACCCUGGAGUUCACACUUCUCUUUGAUGCGGACAACAGCGCCCUGCACUGCACGGCUCACCGCGCCAAGGGCCUCAGGCCACCAGCCUCAGGGUCCGUGGACACCUAUGUCAAAGCCAAUCUGCUGCCGGGGGCCAGCAAGGCCAGCCAGCUGCGGACGCGCACGGUCCGGGGCUCCAGGGGGCCUGUCUGGGAAGAGACGCUCACCUAUCACGGCUUCACCCGCCAGGACGCGGAGCGCAAGACCCUGCGGCUGUGUGUGUGUGAGGACCCGUGGCUGCGGCGCCGCCGGCGAGCGCCUCCCCUGGGGGAGCUGCGGGUGCCCCUGAGGAGGCUGCUGCCCAACCGAGCCAGGAGCUUCGACGUGUGUCUGGAGAAGCGGAGGCUGACCAAGAGGCCCAAGAGCCUGGACACGUCCCGUGGCAUGUCCCUGUAUGAGGAGGCGGCGGAGGCCGCCGCAGCGGCGGCUGGGGAGGAGCGAGGGCGCAUCCUGCUGUCGCUGUGCUACAGCUCUCAGAGGGGCGGCCUGCUGGUAGGGGUGCUGCGCUGCGCCCACCUCGCCCCCAUGGACGCCAAUGGCUACUCGGACCCCUUCGUCCGCCUUUUCCUGUAUCCUAACGUGGGAAAGAAAUCUAAGUAUAAGACCAGCGUGCGGAAGAAGACCCUGAACCCCGAGUUCAAUGAGGAGUUCCUCUACGAAGGCCCGAGGCAGGAGCUGGCCCAGAAGACACUGCUGGUGUCCGUGUGGGACUACGACCUGGGCACAGCGGACGACUUCAUCGGUGGGGUGCAGCUGAGCGGCCGGGCCAGCGGGGAGUGCCAGCGGCACUGGAGGGAGUGUCUGGGCCGCAGUGACCGCCGGCUGGAGCUGUGGCACCCGCUGGACGGGGCGCCCCUCCAGCUUAGCGACUAGCGGGGGCCCCUGGCCUGGCCCUGCUCACCGCUCCCCCACCUCCCCAACUGGCCGGAUGUCUCCCCGGAGUCGGGUGGACCUGGGGCAGCCUCACUCGCCACGCCCAGCACCAGUCACGUCGUUUCCCGUCCUCUCCCCGUUCACCGUCGUCCCCACCAGACAAGGCAGCGCGAAUAAACCUCUCCUCCGCACCGGA